CGGGCAGUCGCCGCCGCCGCCACCGCGAACAUGGAGCCCCGGGACGGCCGGGCCCGGGCGCGCAGGGCCCCGCGGCUGCUGGUGCUCGCGCUCCUGCUGGGGGCGCACCCAGGUGCCCAGGCUGAGGAGCCCUUGUCUGGGUCCUCCCUGGUGGAGGUGAUGAAGGGGGACCCCGUCGCCCUGAACUGCACCGCCUUGGGGGCCCACGACCAUUUUGUGCUGGAGUGGUUCCUGGCAGACCGCUCUGGGGUCCGCCACCACCUGGCCUCGGCCGAGGUGCAGGGCUCCGAGCUCCAGGGCCGGGUGCACGACUCCCGGGGCCGCAGCCCCCCAUACCAGCUGGACUCCCGGGGCCGCCUGGUGCUGACCGAGGCCCAGGUGGGCGACGAGCAGAACUACGUGUGUGUGGUGAGGGCGGGCGCGGCGAGCACCGAGGCCACCACGCAGCUCCGCCUGUUCGCGAAACCGGAGGCCACGGAGGUGCUCCCCAACAAAAGGAUCCUGUCCGUGGUGGAUGACUUUGCCCAGGAGAUCGCCACCUGCAACAGCCGCAACGGAAACCCGGUCCCUGAGAUCACGUGGUAUCGCAACGGGGAGCCGCUCCGGAUGCCCAUGGAGGUGAACGCAGACGGCUACAUGACCAGCCGCACGGUCCGGGAGGCCUCGGGCCUGCAGUCCCUCGUCAGCACCCUCUACCUGCGGCCCCGGAAGGCCGACCAGGACGCCAGCUUCCACUGCUCGGUGAACUACCAGCUGCCCACGGGCCGGCGCGGCCACCUGGACAGCCCCACCUUCCACCUCAGCCUGCACUACCCCACGGAGAACGUGGAUUUCUGGGUGGGCAGCCCGUCCACCACCGAGGGCUGGGUGCGCGAGGGUGACUCUGUCCAGCUGUUUUGCCGGGGGGACGGCAACCCCAGCGUGGAAUACAUAUUUUUCCGCCUUCAGGACAAGCAGGAGGACGUGCUGAAAACAAAUCUUGAGGGGAACUUGACCCUGGAGGGGGUUCAGCGGGGCCAGAGCGGGACCUACGGCUGCAGGGUGGAGGAUUACGACGCUGCUGAGGACGCGGUGCUCUCCAGAACCGCGGAGCUGCGCGUGGCCUACCUGGACCCCCUCGAGCUCAGCACUGAGGAGGAGCUUUCCUUAUACUUGGGCAACAGCACAACCGUGAACUGCUCCGUGCGAGGUCUGCCCACCCCCGCCCUGCGCUGGACCAAGGACUUCGUCCCCCUGGGGAACGGCCCCACCCUCUCGCUGAGCUCCAUCACCUUCGAUUCGGCAGGCACCUACGUCUGUGAGGCCUCCAUGCCCACGGUCCCCCUCCUCAGCCGCACCCAGAGCUUCAAGCUGCUGGUCCAAGGGCCACCUCAGUUAAGCCCAGAAGAGCCUCAGCCCCAGACAGGGGACAGCUGGAAAGAAGGAGAAGAAGUCAGGCUGGUCUGCUCUGCCCGUGGGUAUCCAGAGCCCAAACUCAGCUGGAGCCAACUGGGAGGCAGUCCAGCGGAGCCGGCCCUCAGAGGGCACGGCUGGGUGAGCAGCUCCCUGACCCUGAAGGUGACCAGUGCCCUGAGCAGAGAAGGUGUCUCCUGCGAGGCCUCCAACACCCACGGGAAGAAGCAGCACGUCUUCCACUUCGGCUCUGUGACCCCCCAGACUGCCCAGGCCGGCGUCGCUGUCAUGGCCGUGGCCGUCAGCGUGGGCCUCCUGCUCCUGGUUGUGGCUGCCUUCUAUUGCAUGAGACGCAAGGGUCGCUCCGGCUGCUGCCAGCGGGGGGAAAAGGGGGCUCCGUGA